CUCCCCCAUCCGCCAUAGACUAGAAGCAGCACGGAUCGUGACCUCCUCGAGGGGAGAUUUUUCCAAUCGAAGCUUCCACUCGAAGGCAGGGACGGGAGCUGCCGUUAAGAUGAUGCGAUGCGCUGUAAAGUGCGGCGGGAACGUCGUCGUCGCUGCUGCGCGCGGUGAUCGGAGGUCGCCGGCGAUCGCGCCACCACCCACCACCGCACGGAUGCCGGACCGCGUGCUCUGCUGCGGCAUGAGGUCGCGCGGGGCGGAUCUCGCCGGCGUCGAGAUGGCGGGGCCGCAGGGCGGCGGCGUCACGGGGCUCUUCCGCGCGCGCUCGAGCCCGCGCUACGCCCGCGUGCGCGCCACGGCCUCAGUUGACCCUGAGGAUAUUCCAUUGGAGAAGGUUCAAUCUAAAUCUUCUGGAAGUGUUCUGCCAUAUGUGGGCGUUGCUUGUUUGGGGGCUAUUUUAUUUGGUUAUCAUCUUGGGGUGGUCAAUGGUGCUCUUGAAUAUCUUGCAAAGGACCUUGGAAUUGCUGAAAAUGCUGUGUUACAAGGAUGGGUGGUUAGCACAACCCUGGCUGGUGCGACAGCGGGUUCUUUUACCGGAGGUGCUUUAGCUGAUAAAUUUGGACGAACACGGACGUUCAUCCUGGAUGCAAUCCCUCUUGCUGUAGGUGCACUCCUGAGUGCAACAGCUCAAGAUGUUCGGACAAUGAUUAUUGGUCGAUUACUUGCUGGGAUUGGUAUUGGCAUCUCUUCUGCUCUUGUGCCCCUUUACAUAUCUGAGAUUUCACCGACUGAAAUACGUGGAGCUCUUGGUUCUGUUAAUCAGCUUUUUAUCUGCAUUGGUAUUCUUGCUGCUCUGGUAGCUGGAUUGCCUUUGGCAGGAAACCCUGCUUGGUGGAGGACAAUGUUCGGAAUUUCAGUAGUUCCAUCCAUUUUGCUUGCUCUUGGAAUGGCCGUUUCACCUGAAAGCCCUCGCUGGCUAUUCCAGCAAGGAAAGCUUUCUCAGGCGGAAACAGCUAUUAAAAAGCUAUAUGGAAGAGAAAAGGUUGCCGAAGUUAUGUAUGACCUAAAAGCUGCUGGCCAAGGUUCUUCUGAGCCAGAUGCUAGCUGGUUUGAUCUUUUCAGCAAACGCUAUUGGAAAGUUGUUAGCGUGGGUGCGGCACUGUUCUUGUUCCAACAGCUUGCUGGCAUAAAUGCUGUUGUAUAUUACUCUACAUCAGUGUUUCGCAGUGCAGGCAUUGCAUCUGAUGUUGCAGCGAGUGCUCUUGUUGGAGCAGCCAAUGUUUUUGGCACAAUGGUUGCAUCUUCUCUGAUGGACAAGCAAGGAAGGAAAAGCCUUCUGAUAACAAGCUUUUCUGGCAUGGCUGCCUCAAUGUUGCUUCUAUCAUUGUCCUUCACCUGGAAGGCUUUGGCACCUUAUGCAGGCCCUCUUGCUGUUGCUGGCACUGUUUUGUAUGUGCUGUCUUUUGCUCUUGGAGCUGGCCCAGUUCCAGCAUUGCUCCUUCCUGAAAUAUUUGCCUCCAGAAUAAGGGCUAAAGCUGUUGCAUUAUCUCUGGGCAUGCACUGGGUUUCUAACUUCUUUAUUGGCCUUUACUUCUUGAGUGUCGUCAACAAAUUCGGUAUCAGUACUGUGUAUUUGGGUUUUGCAUCUGUUUGCGCUCUUGCUGUUCUUUACAUAGCUGGAAAUGUGGUUGAGACCAAGGGGCGUUCUUUGGAGGAGAUUGAGCGGGCUCUAAGUUCAGCAAGUUGAUCUGCUAGUCACUCUGGUGACUGAAUGGGUAUUCAAGAAAACAUCCUGUGGCUUAGGUCCUGGAGAUGCUCUUUCUAGUAGUUUUGAAAUAAACGAGUGGCAAGUGAAUUUUUAUGAACUGGAGUGGCAAGUGAAUUUUUAUGAACUGGAGUGGCAAGUGAGCUCGGUAUAUUCUGUGAAUUGGUUGUGGCUUAGAGGGUUGUAAAUUCUGACAUUUGUCAGAAUCAAAGAUGUUCAUACUGUAGUUCUUACAUGCCACCGUUUCUAGUGUAUAGAUGACCUUUUCUUCCUUUUGUUGGAAAUAAAAGCAGCUCGUCGAAUUUGCAGCAAUUCA